AUGCCCUCCGCGGAGGUGCUUGAUGGCGCUGUGGGGUGCAUCAAGCGUUCACGUCAGCGCGCACAGCGCUUAUCGCGGGCAGGUGCGGACAAGGCCGACACGCUGCGGGCGGUGCCAAGAGUAGACAAGGCGUACGCCAUCGAGGAUGACGAGGACAUGUCUGUCGCGCAGGAGGACGUGCUGGUCGGCACUGUCUGCUCCCUGCACGACUACUGCCGCUACCUCACCGGGAGCGGCGACCUCGAAGAUGGGGAAACUGCCGAUGUUGCGGAUGAGGGCGCGCAUCUGUCGCCGUCGCACAAGAACCAGCUCACCACAGAUUCGCCCGGUUCCGGUGGCCGGAGCGCACACGUGCCCGAGAGGGCAUCCGACCGCGUCAGCGGCACGGCAGGUGUCUCGCAUUGCAUCCCUGCCGACGCCGCCGCGGCUGCCUCGUCGGCGCCGUCCUUCCCACCGCCGAAGAUCAACGCAGCCGCCCCUGCAAACGUGUUCUGUUUCGCGCCGCCGAUGUCACGGGGUGCGGAGACGACAGGCCGAGGGAUGUGUUCGACGAACUUAUCGAAGCGCUGGCAGGUUCUGGGAGACGACGAUGGGGGCAAGGCCGCUGCAUCAGAGUUGGAUGAGCAGCAGCAGGUGCGCAGGAAACAUGGCACCGCCACCGCAGGUAUCCGUCCGCGCCGGCUCUGCGAAGACGUCGGCCACCAUCACUGGAGCUGCAUCGCAUCCAACGCGUUCCUCGAGGAGAAGGUGCGGAUCUGUCGUCGCUCCCACGAGCCCAGCAGAAUGGCCGCCGCCGUUUCCUGUGCGCAUCCCCCGGCACCGCCGCAGCGCUUACACGUCGCGGCGCCUGUGCCCAGGCGUCAAGAGCGAGCGGCACAUAAUCGACGUGAGCGCACUGCACCGACAACAGACGCGGGGGUGCUGCCUCUCUCGUCGACGUCGUGUGCCGCCCUUUCCCCGGCGGCGUCCGACGUUCUGGAAGUGGGCUGCUCCGCAGCAGCACUAUCUGCGUCACACAGCGUCGGCGUCUUACUCGCGCACCAACACGAGUGGAUCUACUUUAGCGUUCUGUUCCACGCACACGCGGUGCAGCUACCGCGUACAUCAGCAGAGUCUGCUGCUGCGAGACUCGCUUCCAACCGCAGCCUCGACCUCUCGCAUCUCUACUGUUUUCUGGACCCGCCGUGCCGCCUGUACACCGAGGAGCUGGAGGAGUGGGCGCGCGCGGCACGAGAGCGGCGGCGCGAGCGGGAGCGGGUGCGCGAUGAUCGCCACAUUCGGCAUGGUCCGCUGCUGUCGUCUUCAGCUCACGACGCUCCCGCACGUACUCACCCGACUGCAUCACGACUCGACCGCGGCACAGAAGCCUCUGAUCGUGUGACACUCGUGGCCAGUGCGCCUCUCUCGCCAUGCGCGGCGCCGAUGGCGAGUCCGCGCACGUGGCUGGUGUAUGUGCACCCCGACGUGUCGCUGCAGACAUUACCGCGACUGUGGUCACGCGCCUUUCGAGAAGACGCGUCAAACAGCGGCGGCGGCGGGGCGGGGCAGGAGGCGUUCGAGGGCGGCACGACACGGGUACUGGAUGGCCACCAUGAGGUGGAUGGGCGUGAUGGCCGGGCUGAACACGAGGGCGUCGUGCCCUCUUACUUCUAUGCGGCCGCGGCGCGAAAGCGACGACGGCAGGCGGCUGAGGUGGAGAUGCUGUGCCGCCAUCUUCUGUCGACGACGCCACCUCGGCGCCACGCGUCUUCUGCGCUGCUCGUUCACCCCGCCGAAGUUUCCGUCAGUGCGCGGGCACGCUCUCGUGGUCGUCCAAUCGCGGCAGCGUCGACCAAAGCCGACACAGGAAUGACUUCUUCGACGCCGUCCACGGCGGCCUUACUGAUGUCUGACGCAGCCCCACAGCGACUGCCCACCUCAGCUACGGGAUUGCCUCACGAAGUGGAUCGACACCGAGAGCAGCAGCGGCAAGCACUGGCAUGCGCGCUGCUGGUAUCGCCACUGCCACGCGGCACGGACCUCCUAAAGCGGCGCCGCUGGCUGGUCAAGCCGUUUGUGCUGGUGGAGGAACUGAAGUACGGCCGCGUGGUCAAGUACAGUCACGCAGAACUCGCGGCACCACGCGUCCUGUGA